AUGAGAAACCAAACACCAGUGAUGGAGUUCAUUCUUGUUGGAUUGACAGAUGAUGCUGAGCUUCAAGCUGUGCUUUUCUUUUUUCUGUUACUAACUUAUGUCUUCAGUAUUAUGGGGAAUUUGACCAUCAUCAUUCUGACACUGCUAGAUUAUCGCCUCCAGAGUCCUAUGUAUUUCUUCCUCCGGAAUUUCUCCUUUCUGGAAAUUUCCUUUACUUCUGUCUUUGUUCCCAAAAUGCUAGUCAACAUUGAGACUGGAGACAAGACUAUUUCCUUUGCCGGUUGUUUCACUCAGUAUUUUUUUGCCAUCCUUCUGGGAGCCACUGAAUUUUACCUUUUAGCCACCAUGUCCUAUGAUCGCUAUGUUGCCAUCUGCAGACCUCUGCAUUACACAACUGUGAUGAACAGGAGACUGUGCAUUCAGCUUGUCCUCUGUUCCUGGUUCUCUGGAUUUUUAGUCGUCAUUGUGCCACAUGUAAUGGCUGUCCAGCUGCCUUUCUGCGCAUCCAAUGUCAUCAAUCAUUACUGCUGUGAUUAUACUGUAUUGCUGCAAUUGGCCUGUUCAGACACACAUAUCAUAGACAUGAUUGAGUUCAUUCUGGUUGGGGUGACACUCAUUUUCACAUUAGUGUUAGUGAUUCUUUCCUACACAUACAUUAUCAGGACAAUUCUGAGAAUUCCUUCUGCUCAACAGAGGAAAAAAGCUUUUUCGACCUGUUCCUCUCACAUGGUAGUGCUGUCACUGUCUUAUGGAAGUUGCAUCUUUAUGUAUUUGAACCCUUCUGUUGAGGAUGCAGCCACAUUUAACAAGGGAGUAGCUGUGCUCAAUACCUCAGUUGCCCCUCUGUUGAAUCCCUUCAUUUAUACCCUAAGGAACCAGCAAGUGAAAAUAGCUUUUAAAGAUAUGGUUGGUAAGAUAUACAUAUUUUUUUUCAGGAAAGCGAAAUUAUGUGAGGUCCAUCACUAA